AUGGAGGGCACCGCAAAUUUGGUGGUGUAUCGCAACGGUGAGAUAAUACGUAAUACUCAUGAGGGAGUGAGGUUUGUGUCCCAGAAUCCGUUUUCGUUUGUGGUUCCAUGCACGAUGACAUUAAUGGAGCUGCAGAACGGCCUCUGUCAAAGCAUGGAGAAUGGUACGUUAAUGAGAGUGAGCAAAAUUCUGUACCGGAAUCCGGUUGUGGUUUUUGGUGGUCUAAUACAGUUUGAUGCCAUGCCGAUCACUGAUGAAGCGAGUAUGCAGAAGAUGUUUCAAAUUCACCGGCAGACUCAGAUGCGACACCCACAGAUUGAGGUGUACAUUGAUUUUGAAACUGUAAAGGCAGUGGCGGUUCAGAAUGAUAUAGAUAUACAUGAUGAUAGAGCUACAGUGUACCAAGGAAUGAAUAGUGACAGCGAAGAUGACUUCGAAGCCACUUAUGAGGCCGGCGACGAAGAUGAAGAUGGUAAUGUGGGAGUUGAGGCAGCAGCAGAGAAUGUAGUGAUGGGUCCGUCGAGUAGUCAACCGAUGGACGUUCCACCUUUUAUGCGUGAGUUGGAUCUCGAGGCUAUGCAUGCCCCCCGAGUUUCCGGAAUAUACAAACAUAGUUCUAGAAAGUCGGUCGUCGCAGCAAUUAGAAGUUUCACUAUUGCUAAAGGAGUUGACUAUGAGGUGUACGAGUCUGAGCCACAGAUGUUCUAUGCAAAAUGCAAGAUGUACGGGCGUGGAUGUGACUGGCUUAUCCGAGCAAGCUUGAUACGGAAAAAAGAUACAGUUGCUGAUGCUAUAAGGCCAUUGGUCGAGACGGACCCGUCAAUCAAGGUGAAUCUAUAA